CUGUCAAAUCCAGUUGUCGGUCUUUUCGUUCAUGUGUGCUUUUCGCUUCAGCAUUUUGUGAAAUCCGUAAAUUACUGUUUAAUUAUAAGAUUAUUGAUUAAAUCCAGUGAAUUUACCCACGUAACAUCGAAAAAAUGCAACCACAAAUUGUACUGCUGAAAGAAGGUACUGAUACCUCACAGGGAAAGCCUCAGCUCAUAUCCAACAUCAAUGCCUGCCAGUCGGUCGUGGAUGCAGUCCGUACCACUCUAGGUCCUCGUGGAAUGGACAAACUGAUCGUCGAAAACAACGGUAAGGCAACGAUCUCCAACGAUGGCGCUACGAUCAUGAAAUUGCUGGACAUCGUACAUCCGGCAGCUAAAACGUUAGUCGAUAUCGCCAAGUCUCAGGAUGUUGAGGUUGGGGAUGGAACCACCAGUGUUGUGAUGUUGGCUGGUGAAUUCCUCAAGCAACUUAAACCAUUUGUUGAGGAAGGUGUUCAUCCGAGGAUUAUCAUUAAGGCAGUGCGAAAAACUCUGACCCUGUGUGUCGCUAGAAUCAACGAGCUGGCAUUCAAGAUUGAAAAGCACGACAAUGAAAAGCACCGUGCGUUGCUGGAGAAGUGUGCUGCCACGGCGAUGAAUUCGAAGCUUAUCCACCAGCAGAAGGAUUUCUUCUCCAAAAUGGUUGUUGAUGCCGUGACUACGUUAGAUGUCCUACUUCCGCUGAACAUGAUCGGUAUCAAGAAAGUUACCGGUGGUGCCUUGGAAGAAUCUAUGCUCAUUGAUGGUGUAUCAUUCAAGAAGACCUUCUCGUACGCAGGAUUCGAAAUGCAACCAAAGUCCUACGAAAAUGUAAAAAUUGCCCUCCUGAAUAUCGAACUCGAAUUGAAGGCUGAGCGCGACAAUGCUGAAGUUCGUGUGGAUAAUGUCCAGGAAUAUCAGAAGAUUGUCGACGCUGAAUGGCAAAUUCUGUACGACAAAUUGGAGAAAAUUCACAAAUCCGGCGCUCAGGUCGUUCUGUCCAAAUUGCCAAUUGGUGAUGUUGCCACGCAAUACUUUGCCGAUAGGGAUAUGUUCUGCGCUGGACGCGUUCAGGAGGAGGAUCUCAAGCGUACGUUGAAAGCAUGCGGUGGAGCUGUUAUGACCACUGUUCAGGAUAUUGAUGAUAAGGUGCUUGGAAACUGUGACCACUUUGAGGAACGUCAAAUCGGAGGCGAACGUUUCAACAUCUUCCAAGGUUGUCCGAAUGCCAAAACGUGCACUCUGAUUCUGCGUGGUGGAGCCGAACAGUUUUUGGAAGAGACCGAACGAUCCCUACACGAUGCAAUUAUGAUCGUUAGGCGUACUAUUCGAAACGAUUCCGUAGUAGCCGGUGGUGGUGCGAUUGAAAUGGAGCUGUCGAAAAUGCUACGUGAUUAUUCGCGCACAAUCGCUGGCAAGGAGCAACUGCUUAUCGGAGCUCUCGCCAAGGCACUUGAGAUCAUCCCUCGCCAACUUUGCGAUAAUGCCGGUUUCGAUGCAACCAACAUCUUGAACAAACUGCGCCAGAAGCAUGCACAAGGAUGUCAGUGGUACGGUGUUGACAUUUUGAAAGAACACAUCGCCGACAACUUUGAGGCUUUCGUCUGGGAACCAUCGGUAAUCAAGAUCAAUGCCCUCACUGCUGCCUGCGAAGCGUGCUGCAUGAUCCUUUCGGUAGACGAGACCAUCAAGAGCCCUAAAUCUGCCGGCGGCGAAAUGCCGCAGGCUCCUAUGGGACGCGGCAUGGGACGUCCCUUCUAAGAGGGAACAACAAACUAAAUAAAUAAGUCCAUAGCCUUUAACUUGAACACUCGUAACCAUUUUCGUAUCUAACAUCUCCUUUUUAGUCUACCUAUCAGAUAAAAAUAAAGAUCGUUCAUUGUAAGGCCAGGUCCUUUGCAAUGUCAUUCCUUUAACCAUCAUUAUCGUUUCAUGCUUCAUGCAUCUACCUUGUUUCAUUCAUACACAAGUGCAUUGCAUAAGCAUACUUAACGCUCACUUAUAAAAAAAACGGCUUUGCAAAAUAACUGUACGAAUUGUAUUACCACACUCAAAAGAAGAAAUCAAUAAUAAAAAGACGAAGCCGCGCAUUUGGUUGCACAUUUUCUCAACAAAA